AAGGCAGGAUCAGAAGCUGCAAGUUGUGAUGCGGCGGUACUUGGCCGAUUUGGCAGAACUCAAUCUCCAGCAGCAACGGCGGGUAAAGCAACAGCAGCAGCAGGAGCAGCAGCGCCAGGACGGUGCUAGCUCGCCGCCGCACGUGCCCACUGGGCGGCCGGCCGGGGGACAGCACGCUGGUGGGGGCAGCGGGUCGGGGCGCCAGGGUGGAGGAGCGGGGCGGGCAGUGCCCCAGCCGCCGCCCCAGGCGGGGCCGCCACUGCAGACGUCACAACCGGCGGGUGGUGGUUCUGGUCUCGGGGACCAGGCUGCUUUCAGGCAGCAGGGGGGCAGCGCGUCUGCCCCUGUUCAACCUUGUAAGGAUGAUUCCUCAAAAGAAAAGGGGUAUGAGUGGGCGCAGCUUGGCCGCGACGCGCUUGGUGGCCGCCUCCUCGGCUACCUCCGUGACCAGGGCGCCACCGUACCGGACUGGGCCGUCUGCCGCGUGCCGGCCGGCCGUACCGCCGUCCUGGCACAGCUGCGCGACGAGUUCACUGGCUGGUGGCGCCUGUACUCUGCCCAGCCUGCAGGCACGCCCCUGCCUUCCGACGUGACGGAGCAGCUGGAUGAUGCCGCGCAGCAGGUGCAGACGGCCUACAUGGACUACGUGCUCCUAGACGCCCGCACCCUGCGGUCCGCUAAGCGUGGGCCGGCGGACCCCGGCGGGGCCGGGGGGCCCAGCCGCCGGCAACGCCAGCACCGCAGCCGCAGUACCUCCAGCCUCAUGAGCCUGGGCAGCGCUCCACUGCGCCCCGGCGGUGCCAGCUCAGGCGCCGCUAGCAUGAGCACCAGCAGCGGCGGCGCGCCCCCCAGCCAGGGUGGCGGCCGCAGCCGCAAACGCCACAGCAGCAACAGCAACCGCAACCGCCACGGCGCUGCCGUGGCCGGCGGUGUGCUGCUCACCCCCGACCUGCCGCAUGCGCACCGGGAGCAGUGGCGCUUCCCCACGUACCUGCUGUUUCACCCCUCGCUGCGUUUGGAGCUCGAACAGCGCUUGGAGGCGCACGUUGCCGCAAAUCCCGUGGCCAGUACAGGUGACGGCGCUUGCACGCAAUGGGAGGCGGACAAGUUCUUCUUGCGGGAGGCCGCCACCAGCAUCCACCGUCGGCAUGCACGCCAGACCCGGGAUGGGCUGCAUGGCGUCGUGCUGGCCGCAGACGCGGCCGCUGCCCUGGCCGACCGGCCGGGUGCCAGCGCCGCGCAGCUUCAGGCUGCGGCCAUGGCCAACUUGGCGGUGCGAGAGGAGCGGGCAGCUGCCGCAGCGGCCAGCCACAAUGCCCGCGCUGCACUGAUGGAGGAGCAUGGGGAGCGGGGAACUCGCUGGUUCCAUCGGCAGGCUGACGAGCCAGCAGCCGGCGCGCAGGAGCCCAUCACACACUUGAAGGUGCCGGGGCAACCGGCGCCUGUGGCGCUCACGGGGCCGGGCACGCGCAACACUGUCUCCGCAGCCGCCGCAGCCAUGUACAGCAGCACCAGCCCCACCGGCCUGUUCCGCGUGCAGCCGGUCUGUACGGCGUCGCAGCAACAGCUUCUGGCGGCCAUUGACCGCAAGGUUCCAGCGGAUCUGCAGGCCGCCGCAGAGGGGUCCGGUGACGGCGCCCUCAGUGAUGCCGAGCUGAUGGCAGCGCUGGCUGGCUCCGCCAAUGGUAAAGCGCCUGGGUCGGACGGGGUCCCGUACGAGGUGUACAAGGUUUUCUGGGCGCUGCUGGGUCCGCGCUUGUGUGCUGCUGCUGCCGCUGCCUUUGCUGCCGCUGCAGACGCCCACGAUGGCGGUGAAAUGGCGGCGGCGCUGCCCGCCUCCUGGCGGGAGGGCAUCAUCACGCUCAUCUACAAGGGCAAAAGCCUGGACCGCGCCGAGCUGGCGUCCUACCGGCCCAUACAUCACGCUUCGCGGCUGGCGGAGCGGGAGGCGGAGUGGCAGCGUGCAGCGGCGCAGCUGACCACCACGGCGGCGCAGCACUUCCACAAUAACCCGGUGGCUCUGGACCCCUGGCUCCACCGCACCUCCGCGGCAGCCGGGCAGCAGAACACGCCGGCGAGAGAACUGCAGUCGUAUGCGUCCCCGUCCCAGCAGUCGGGUGAGGGGCCGCGGCGUUCCGCGCGGCUGCAGGAGCAGGCGGCGGGCGGGGCGGGGCCUAGCACGGGGCCUGCCACGGCGGCGGCGGCAGCAGCGGCGGCGGUGGAGGGCGACCCUCGCACGCCGCCCCCAGAUGCGUCCCUUCUGCGGGCUUCUCACCGCACAGCUCAAGGCGGCUAAGCUGGAGCACUUUGUUGCCAUCUGGACGGCGGGUGGCGCGCUUUGUGAAGUGGAGGAGGUUCAGGGUGGGUCACCGAAGUUGAACUUGCGGCUGACGCUUGCAUCACCUGUGCAGGCCCCCUACAUUUUCCUUUUGGGCGGCGUUUCUUUCCAGGCGCUGGCGUGGCAUUUUUUCGUCAUCAGGUUAUCUGGCGCCCAUGUGUUUUAGCUCUGGCUGGCGUCGCAGCGCCUGGGCGGCUGUGGGCCUUCCUGCACAGCGCAUCUUGCAGUGGGCUGGAGCCCGCUUAGUCAGCGCCACAUCUGGCCCGUUUAGUUUUCUGCUUGUGUCUCCUCUGCCGGUUCUCCUGGGGUGUUGCUUAAGCAACCGACUUGUGGGGGUGGGGUGGGUUUGGGCGGGGCGAGUGCGUAGCGCUGGUGUUUUCUUUUCUGGCGCGCAGUGGUGGUGGUUCUUGCGGUUAGGCUGUGGUGUAGGUUGGUGCUUGGGUUAGGUCUGGCGGUGUUUUUGUGCAACCCCUCCCGGGGGGCGGGGGGGCCAGCCUCCUGCUCUGUCUGCCGGGUCGGGGUGGGGUGGGAUGGGUGGGGGUGGUUGUUGGCUUUUUCGAGGUGUUUGCUUUCUGUUUUCUUCUCUUUUCUUCUCUUCUUGCCCUGUCAGGGUUCUGGUCUCGGGGACCAGGCUGUCUUCAGGCAGCAGGGGGGCAGCGCGUCUGCCCCUGUUCAAUUUUGUAAGGAUGAUUCCUCAAAAAAAAACUGCGACUUCAAGAUGGUGUCCAAGGCCGUCAGCGCCCGCCUGCAGCCCAUUCCAGGCGCUGGCGUGGCGUUUUAUCGUCAUCAGCUUAUCUGGCGCCCUUGGGUUUUAGCUCUGGCUGGCGUCGCAGCGCCUGGGCAGCUGUGGGCCUUCCUGCACAGCGCGUCUUGCAGUGGGCUGGAGCCCGCUUAGUCAGCGCCACAUCUGGCCCGUUUAGUUUUCUGCUUGUGUCUCCUCUGCCGGUUCUCCUGGGGUGUUGCUUAAGCAACCGACUUGUGGGGGUGGGGUGGGUUUUGGGCGGGGUGAGUGCGUAGCGCUGGUGUUUUCUUUUCUGGCGCGCGGUGGUGGUGGUUCUUGCGGUUAGGCUGUGGUGUAGGUUGGUGCGCCGCCAGUGGGACCGACGUGGCGUGAGUUCACAAUCCCCAUUUCACGCUCAAGGCGGUAGUAGAGAAGGGAUGUGGUGCGCAGGCUGAUGACACUGUGCAUGUGUAUGCGCGAGCAGCAGGAUUUUGCUGAUGUGGUGGUGGCACCCAGCGACCGGAGAAGGGGUUCCAAGGUGUUUGACACAGUGCCGCCGUGGCCCAGCGUCACAAUCUGCUCCUUUUUAUAUACUACGUCCCAGCCUGCAUCCCGCAGGGCGUCGGCUAGGCGAGUGUGCUGGGCUUGUUUCUGGUCACACUUUUCGCUGUGGUGGAGGUCUGAUGUGUAACCAACUUCUAUCAGGUAAACUUUGUGUUGCCAUCGGCCGGCGGUUGUAAGGCCGCGAGGCCCACUAGCCCCCACGUCGGAGCGUGGUAGGGAUGGGAUGAACAGGAUGUCAGGCCUCAUCCUUUUUCGGUCGGCCUCGGGGAUAUUGUUGCGCAGCAUCCAUUUGGGGGGGCAGGUGCCCGCACAGUAUUCGGGGCGUGCAUCUGCACUGCUUGCGUCCAUCAACAUGUACCCGCCACUGUUGGCGCCAUGGUGCAGGCAUUCCGCGAUCAUACGGACGGCGGCAUUGUGUUUGGCGAUGCGGGCCCCAACAAGUUGGGGGUGCGCACAGUGGCCGGCAAGGUGGCCUGUGUUGCCCCGUUCGGGGGGGGAUCCAGCGCGCUGGUGAAUCGGGGCGCAGAGUGCACAUGUGUCACUCGCACGUAGUUUGAACAGCGCAAGCCGGGCGGGGCAGAUGAGGCCUCCCUGCCUGGCAUUCUGGAUGAAGCGUCGGAGGCUGUGCCCAGCGCCGGGGUGCGUCAUGUAGGCGGUGCUGGCCCUAGUGUCCAGGUGUGGGGCGGACUCCGCCCACUUGGUCGUGUAGAGUGUGUGUUUGGAAUGACCGCCAUGGGAGGAAGGGUCUAGUGUUUUCAGGAGGCCUCGAUUGAGGUCCGAGAUGUAGUGCACGGUGGUAGAGCCGUCUUCCCGCAUCCGGGUCGUUGCUGGCCACCAGUGUGCGGCGUGGGGGUUAUUGUCAGCGAGCUCCGAGACGUCAGCCGGUUUAGUGCUUGUAGCUACGUCUGCUGCACCUUUAUCGGCUUCUUCAUUACCGUGCAGACCCGUGUGAGAAACGACUUUGAGGAAAACGGUGUGUGCGUCCCUCUUCGCUCGUGCAUGGAGCAAAUCGGCGAUCGAACU